UGAGCAAUUCACGAUAUUAUCAAAUAUGUUAUUAGUCUCGUUUUUGGACUUAAAAGUUUUCGAGUUGAAUAUUACUGGAAUUUUUAAAGCCUAGGCAAGUUACGCCAACCAUUUUUUACAACUCAACCACAGCCAUGUUGUCAAAGCAGUUAUGGAGGUCAUUCGCCGCUAGGAACAAAAUCGUAAAUGGCUUAUUAAAACACAAUGAAAAGAAAACCCAAUCAUCGUCGAUAGUCACUCGAAAUGCAUCCAAUAACUUUGAAGAAGAGUUAAAUAAACCCGUGAAAUAUACAACAAGUCCUGCGCACAAUUGGAAAGCUCAACAUUCUCGUAUAGGAAGCAAGGCUGAAUUUGGUCCAUGGUAUGAACCCCACGUCGUCAGUGCAAGCUUAAUUUUAUUUAUGGUAUAUUUUUUCAUAUUACGUGAAGAAAACGAUCUCGAUUUAUUGCUAGAGAAACCAUUGUCAGAGACUUUAAAAAAGGAAUAAUAAUUUUGUUAUUUUAGAAUUUUAUUAGGUACCUAUAAAUACAUUUUAAAUAGACCGAUGAGUCAUAUAUGUACAUUUGUUUUGAUUUUCAGUAGUACAUUUAUAAAUUUGAAUAUGUCAUAGGUUCAUACAAAAUACAAAUUAUGUAAUUAUAA